AUGGAGAAGGUCUAUGAAGAGUUAGAUGAAGUAAAAGCCGAAUACGAAAAGCUUAGAAUGGACUAUAGAAGCAGAACCGAGCAUCUCGACAGUGUAAAGAAGUUACAAAACGAGCAAUCAGUAGAAAUCGGAGAAGCGAGAUUGGUAAUCGAGAAGCAAGGUUUUGAAAUCGAUGAGAAAGCAAGAGAAGUUUCAGAGUUGAAGCGAACAAACGAGGAUUUACAAUGUUGUUUGAGAGAAAAGGAUUCUGUAAUUAGGCGUUUGAACGAAGCGAAUGAUAAGCUUAGAGCAAGUGGUGAAGAUAAGUACCGAGAAUUCGAAGAGGAGAAAAGAAAGUUGGUUUCGGCUUUGGAUGAAGCGAGCGAGAAGAACAUUGACAUGGAGCAGAAAAACAAUGUCUAUAAGGCCGAGAUCGAGGGGCUUAAAGGGCAUUUAGCGGUAGCGGAGAGGAAAAAGAUCGAAGUUGAGAAAAUUGCGAAAGAUACGAAAGAAAUGAGAGGAAGAGAUGAUGUAAUGGUUAAAUUGGAAGAGGAAAAGAGUCAAGUAGAAGAGAAGUUGAAAUGGAAGAAGGAACAGUUUAAGCAUCUCGAGGAAGCGUAUGAUGAGAAGCUCGAAAACCAUUUCAAAGCUAGCAAGAAAGAGAGUGAGGAAGAAAGAUCGAUGCUUUUGGACGAAAUCUACUCUCUUCAGACGAAACUAGAUUCGCAAACUAGAAUCUCAGAGGAUCUUCAGAAGAAGUUACAGAUGUGUAACAGCGCGCUGACUCAAGAAGAGACACGAAGAAAGCAUCUCGAAAUCCAAGUUUCCGAAUUCAAAGCUAGAUAUGAAGAUGCUUUUCAAGAGUACCAAGACGCAAGAACACAGCUCGAUGAUUUGGCUAGCAAAAGAGACGAGGAAGUUGCAGAGUUGAGACAGUCCUUGGGCACGAAAGAGGCGUAUUUUAAGGAGAUGAAGUAUGAGAAUGGGAAGCUAGAACAAGAAAAUCAAGAAUUGCUCGCGUCGUUGAAAGAACUCCAGGAAGCUACUAUUCAAGGAUCAGGGAAUUCUGCGGUAUCGAAGCUGAAAAACAAGUUUCGGAAACUGGAAAACAUACACAAGAACUGUUCAGCUAAUUUAAGAAGUCAAGAAGCUGAAUGGAGCUCUCGAGUGGAGGAUAUGGCAGAAGAGAUAAGUGAUUACAAGUUGCAGAUGCAAAGCAAGGAAGCAGCAGUAAAAGAGCUUGAACUGGAACUCGAAAACUGGCACAUUUCUACAGAUAAAUUGAUCCUAGAGUAUGAAGAAAUCUCAGUAAUGUUUUUAGUGCUAAGCAGAACAGUCUUUGAGGCUCAGUCAAUGCUUGAAAAUGUCAAGGAGGAACAAAUCGAGGACGAGAAAAGAGAAGAAGAAAGCUAUUCUCUAUUGAUUGAGCAGCUAGAACAAAAGAAUGUUGUGCUGGCUAAGGCACAUGACGAGAUUGAAGCAGAAAGCGAAAGAGUCGCGUGCUUGCUAAAGAGAGUCGAAAAGCUGGAGUUCUUUGAAGAACAGAAUCUUCAGAUGCAUAAGGAGGUAGAGAAGUACAAAGAAACACUUGAGGAAUCAUCUAGACUCCAAAUUCAGAUGAAAGAAAAAAUGAAAGAAGCUGAAAAUGAUUACGAAGAGAAACUUCUGCAAGUUUGUGAUGCACUUGACAACACAAACUCUGACCUCGUUGCAGAACACGAGAAGGUCUCGGCUUUAACAAGGCAGAUUGAGUCCUUUGGUAUUGUCAAAGAGAAGAAUCUAGUGAUGGAAAAAGAGAUUCAGAAGUAUAAGGAGAUGCUGGAGGAAUCAGAAAAGUGUAGGGUGGUUUUAGAGGAGCAGAUUUCGCAGCUCGAAAGUGAUUCCAAGGAGAAUAUUAGAGAACUAUGCAGCAUGGUCGACAUUGCAUACGCCAAGUUAGCGGAAGAGGUUGAGAAGACUGCCUCGUUGAUACGAAAAACCGAGUCCAUUGAUCAAAAUGAAGAGCAUAGACAAAAGGAGCUUCAUAAUUACAAGGAAAUGCUUGAAGAAUCGACCAAAAGUCAACUUCUCUUACAGGAGAAAGUUGUAGAGAUGGAAAACGACUCGAAAAGGAAACUUGAUGACAUUUCUGCGGCACUAGAAACAGCAAAUUGUGAACUGUCUGAUAAAACAUCUGAAGCGUACCAGCUUGAAUUCCAAUUAUGGGUAUGGAAAUCUAUAGCUAAGAGGCUAAAAGUCGAACUCGAGCAAAGCCAGAACCUGAGGAAAAGAGUUGAAGCUUCUCUUCUUGAACAGGUUGGAGUUGAAGAAGCCAUGAGGCAAGAGAGAAAGGAGCUGAAGCGUAAACUGAAGGCUAUCGGUUCCGCAAGUUCGAAGAAAGCUGCUAUGUCUGAUUCAGAGAAAGAAUCCCUUGUACAGAUGAUGAAGGAUAAUGACAAGAUCUUGACACAAGUCAAGACAGAAGUAGAGUUGUUGGAACAAGAAUCACUUAGAAGGGAACUUGAAGUUGCUUUGUUUGCACAUAUAACCUCAGAGAAGGAGUUGCAGAACGAGAGAGAGAUUCGUUCCGGGGAAUUAAAGCCUAUGUCUUUGCUUCUGGAACAGAAGCAAAAUGAGGCUAAUAUGGUUUACAAAGAAUGGGAGAAACUCGUUGCUAGUAAGAUUCUUACCGAGGUAGAAACUGAGGCGAAAAUCUUGAUGAUCACAGAGCUUGAAGGAGAAAUCUCUAGUCUCAGCCAGAAACUCGAAGCAUCGGAUGAAUCUGUUUCUUGUUUGAUAGAAGUAACCUCACAAAUGCAGGAAAUGCUAAGAACUUCAGAAGCGGAAAAGACAGAGUUAGUUAAGGAAGUAUCGAGUUUGUCAUCAGAAAAACGAAAUCUUGUGUGUUUUAUCGGCGAAAUGGAGAAUCGAAUGUCGAAGCUCUGCGAUGAAGACAUGAAGCUGAUGAAAACUUUGGAGAAAACUACGCAAUGUUGUGAUGGAUUUGGUAAAGAGAACAACAAUAUUGAUCCUCCAAGAUUGACAAUGAAACAUGAAGAUGUUGCAAUUGAAGACAGAUCACCAUUUAGACAACUUAACCAUUAG